AUGGCGGACCGACGAAAAGGAAAACAGAAAGCACGUCGAGAUGAGGGACAAUCUGGACGUGGAAUUGACGUGUAUCUGGCCAGGAGGCCGGGUAAACCUAGGUCCCCUCCCCCUGCCCUGGAGAACGACUCUGAUUCUGAGCCUGGGCCAAAGUUUGAGGUUGAACCUCAGGAGGAAGCUCCUGAGGUAGUUGAGGAGUUAGAUGGUGAAAAGCCAACUGACGAAGAGCAUGCAGUCGCCAAACAUCUCAGAUUCAAUCUUGCACAGAAAGAGGCCAAACUUGUCGGGAUGACUGUCAAAGUAUUCAUUGCCUCGGAAGCUGUUGAUAUGCUUCUUGAAUCAAAAUGGAGCAGCUCCAAGGGGAAGGGCGAUAACAUAUUGUUCACAAACAGGUCGUCGUGUACCAAAUAUAUGGACAGGUUACUCCAGAAAGGUUUAUUCCACCGAGCUCUCCGUGUUGAGAAGAAGAAGAAGAACUCCAAGGAGGAUGUGGAUGAAACAAACGCGGAGGAAAAGGUGCGACGGAGGAAGGUUAAGAAGGACCAGAAGCCAGAGAAAGUUCUCGAGAAAGAAAAGGAGAAAGAGAAAGAGGAGUCUGAGAAAAAAGAUAAGGAUAAGGAUGACAAGAAGAAGAAAGAGAAGAAGAUGAAACUGAAGAUGCACGAUGAUCAGUUCUUCUGUGAUGGGGAAGAGGUGUUUGUGUGGAUCUACGAUCCUGUGAAUGUCAAGACUUUUAUCAUUGGUCUAUUUUUGGUGCUAGGGUCUAUCGGGGUAUGUUUAUUCCCAUUGUGGCCACCAGAGGUCAGGCAAGGUGUUUAUUAUCUGUCACUGGCCGCUGCUGCAUUCGUUGGCUUUAUCCUCGUUCUUGCUAUUAUCCGUUCAGUGAUGUUCUGCAUCAUCUGGGCAGUGACGAUGGGAAAACAUCAUUUCUGGUUAUUCCCCAAUCUAAUGGAGGACGUUGGCAUUAUCGAUUCAUUCAAACCGCUCUAUAAGCACGAUUUCAUGGAGAAGGAAAAGAAAGAAAAAACUGAUGAAAAAGAUUCCAAAACCGAAAAAGACAAAAAUAGUGACAAUGAAAAGGAUAAGUCUGGCGACAGUUCGGGGUCGGAGGAAAACUUUGAAAUAGUUGAUAAAAGUGAAGUGACAGAGACGGAGGAUUCGCAGGCGGCCGAGUAGCAAGAGAGAGACGGAGAUUUUGAAUUUUGCUGGUGAUUUCCAGUAUUGUGUUCAGUUUGUCGGUCUGUCGAGUAUUUUGAGAAAACUGGACGUUAAAAUUACUUUUUCAGUGACUCAAAAGUGGCUUAUGAGACCUAUGUCGAUGUUGUGCAUGUCACUUGCAACAUUAUUGCUGUAGCAUGAAAGUUGUUUCAUUCAUUUGAGUGUGGUUAGGAGAUGCCAGAAGUGCUUCUCCUUGGCCUUCACGUGGCCAUUGUCCUUUAAACUCUCCAAGUCUGCUUUGAACUGAGUAUCUUGGACCGUCUUGACGAUGACUAGGGUGGCUUCUCGCACUGGUGAGAUACGUGAUGGGUCAAAAUCAGAUCAGUGGCACCACAUUCCUGGAUGGUUAAACCCAGCAGACUUGGCCUCGACAGGACAGUCAGUGAAGACAUUUCUAAAAUCAGGCCAGCGGUUUAGAGGACCAUAAUUAGGUCCCACUUUGGAUCUGUUGUCUGGUAAUUUGAAAUGUUUGAAAUUGACUGCGUUUAUUGGGGUAUUGAUUUGAUCAAUAAUUUUAUCAUCGCACUUUCUGUAAAUACUGACAGUACCACAGGAACGGGUUAUUGUUUUGGGUUGGAUAUGCAUUUAUUAUGGUUGCCAGCGGGCUUAUGAGGUGAUGGUACGGUAUUAAAAUUGAAAGUCAUUGCCGCUUGUGCUCUAUGUGUAUUAAACUAAAGGCAGGGCCUGUUCUGUGCUUUCAAAACCUUAGCAGUGGCAAAAAAUGCAAAUGGCAGCACAGGGUGUGGAAGUUAAAUGUCAUUGUUGAACAUGGUGCCUGGCUAAUUGUGACAUGUGACAUGCCUUUGCAGGAUUUUGUGCCCUUGUUUAUAGGGUGAGAGCAAACUUCUCGAUAUCACUUUCAAAAGGUUUAUAAGCUGCGCUUACACCACGAAAUAUUGGUGGACCAAUUGCACUUACACCACCACAUUGCCGCGACAAAUUGGUUCGGCAAUCCAUUGCCGAUACAAAUUGCCGAGCGAAUUUGUCCCACCAAGCUUGAUGGUCCAAAUUCGCCCGGCUUGUUAAAAGCUCGGCUUUGUCGUGGUGUACGCGCAAAUGGUUCGGCUCCAGGCGGCGCUUUCGAAAUGGCGCUUUCUGCCAAGGCUUUCCGCGUUCUGCUUAUUGUUUGCGCGCCAUCUGUAGCCGGAUUUUAUAACUAGCUGCAGCGCUGGUGUAAGCGCUUGGUGGAUUUUCGAUGGUGCGGCAUUGGUUCCCGAACCAAGAUUGGUGGUCCAUUUUCAGGUGGUGUAAGUGCGGCUAUACACUCACACAGCUACUUGGGUGAUCAAUCGAAGUGCAUCCCAGGUUUCUCAUUGUCCUCUAUGUACCGAGUCUUUUGUUAUCCAUGAUUCUAAGAUGUAAGUUUCUCUCUUGUGUUGUUAUACCAUUUAAUGUUGAUGAAACUGUGAAAGUAUGAAAGUAUGACAUUUUUCAAAUUAUCAAAUGACAAAUGUGUUGUUAUACCAUUUAAUGAUGAUGAAACUGUGAAAGUAUGAAAGUAUGACAUUUUUCAAAUUAUCAAAUGACAAAGUGGUAUUGCAUAAAAAACAUGGCAAACGCCAGUAUGUUCCAACCAAAAGUCAGAGAACACACUGCAUCAGGAAAUCCCCACUAAACACCCUGGAUAAUGAAUUCCCCAGAUUGCCGAGCAUCUUAUCAGGUCUUCCAACAAGCAGACUGCCCUGGAUAGUGCUCCUUGGUGCCUGGGAGAAUGGCUGCCUCACAAGAAAAACAUCCAAAAAGUGUGCUCGUUGGUAAAUUUUCUGAAAUAAGCUCUGUCCAUCUAGUAACAUGGACAAUAUGUCAUCAUAUGCACUAAAUUUCGAGGUUAAUUAACGAGCGGGUUACUCUUUGGUGCAAGCACAAAAUCCAUCCGUGCAUAUUUUAAAAUUUGUUCGCUUUCCAUAGGACAAACCAGCAGUGCAUUUUUCUCUUUAUUUGAUGCCAAUCAUGCUUAAAGAACCUUAUCACCAGAUGAACACAAGAAUAUUUCCUUGAAAGACCAAACAAUGCAGUUUUUCUAACUUUAUUUUAAAACUAAAUUUUCCUUUCCCAGGAGAGUCAAGCUCGGCAAACUGGAAGGCCUGCUAAGAUGCUCGGCAAUUUGGGGAAUAGAUUCUCCAGGGUGCUAAAGCUCUUUGUGCGAAUUUCAGAUGCAUUGUUAUUCUCUCUACACUGGCACUCUGUUAUUAUUGUGAGUGUCGACCCGUCAUUAUCGCGAGAGAUUCUUCUUUAAAGCCUAGAAUUGUGUGUCCUGAUCAUCUUGGUUAAGAUGGAUCACAAUAGAUGAGUUGAAUUCGAUGUGAUUCUGGAUCAUUUUAACCUCGUGACUACCGGGCCAUUCGAACCAUUCCAUACCCUGACCUUUUUGGUAUCAUUGUGCCGCCACGUGCAUCUGGCAAAACCUCUGUCUUCGCUGCCACCGCAGCGCCAUCUAUACGACUUGGGACAAGUUGGUGGGUAGCAGACGACAUGCCUGAGUCACUAUACACCAGUAGAGCCGAGCCAGAUCAUACCAAACAAUACACACAAAGGUUUAUUAUAGCGACCGCUCAAGCGGUAGGCGGUAAACACGUGUAUUUGAUUGCAACCGCUAUAGCUGUCGGCGGUAGUCAAGAGGUUAACAUCUGCUGGGUUCACAAGACUGAAAUUGAAAUAAAUGUAAUGGGGCCAAAAGUGUGUGAUGAUUUUGGACUCCGAGUUCUGCAUGAUCCAAAUGAAAUUUCAAGAAUUCUGCUACCUUUCUAACUAUGUCACUUGUGAAUUUUGCAACAUAUGUUGGUCUUUCAUUUCCUUGUUUUCCCUUGUUGCAUUGUCAGUGUACAGGGUAAUCUUGUGGGGGUUACUUUAUUAACAUGCACAUAUUAUUUAAACAGUGGAAUUCAAACUCUUUUAAUGCCUGUUGAUGGAUAUCAGUCUAUCCCUUACCAGUGGGAUGGACCGUUAUGAGUUGGCCAGGUUUGGUUAUGAAAUUGAUGACAUGUAUGUGGCCCUCUGGAAAUACUAGUGCAAACCUAUCAGUACAGAUAACAGCAGCAGUAACUACUGCUGCCACCUUAAAGAGUAUAUGGAUAAGAGCUGCACUGCUCUUCAAUACUGUGUUCACAGCGACCAUUUAAAACUACCCAGAAACUAUUUAAAACUACCCAGAAACCAUUUAAAACUACCCAAAAACCAUUUAAAACUACCCAGAAACUAUUUAAAACUACCCAGAAACCAUUUAAAACUACCCAGAAACCAUUUAAAACUACCCAGAAACUAUUUAAAACUACCCAGAAACCAUUUAAAACUACAGUACAACCUCUCUAUUGCGGACACCCAUGGGACUGGGCCCAGGUGUCCGCAAUAGAGAGGUGUCCGCAAUAGAGAGGUUAUGCCAAAUCGUCCGAUAGGUGGAUUUGAAGUUCCCGCCUUGCAGGUCUUGGUUUUCUCUGUGUCGACAUCUAGCGUAGAAACUUUAAACCUGUUGGCUGACCGGUAUUUGCUUGUGAUGUUGCGUUGAAUGACGUGAGAUACUUUGGAACUCAGAGCGUGAAUAACCUUUUAUUGCAAAAUCUCCUGGACAUGUCAUAAUGUGUGAAAAAACACCAUAAUUUCUGUCCAUCAGCCACCUUUGAUAAAUAAUUAAUUUUUUCUAAUUUCUCCACUAACGCAUAUUCGCCGCAACACUGACAAAACCGCGUGGAUUUAUGAGUGUCCGUUGUCACAAUAGGCCUAUGUGAUUAGUUGAAAAGAUGAGUAAACAAAUGCCGCGGCUUAAUUAGGAUACAAAAACACAAUGCCAAUGCCGCGGCUUAAUUAGGAUACAAAAACACAAUGCCAUGGGGUAAUUACGUUGAUUAAUUGCGCAAAUAUCACACCUGUCGGGCCUACUUGACUCUCCAAGCGCAAGCGGGAAGUCUUUGUUUUUGCCAACUGUCCGUAAUUGGGAGGGAAUUGGACCAAAAAUUGGCUAUCGCCCUGUCCGCAAUUCGGAAUAGAGAGGUGUCCGCCGUACAGAGGUUUUUGUUAUUGGAAAUGACUUAGAAAAAAUCGGGACUGGCCGGACGUGUCCGUUAUGUAGAGGUGUCCGCCUGGCAGAGGUGUCCGCUGAGGGAGGUUCUACUGUACCCAGAAACUAUUCAAAACUACCCAGAAACCAUUUAAAACUACCCAGAAACCAUUUAAAACUACCCAGAAACCAUUUAAAACUACCCAGAAACCAUUUAAAACUACCCAGAAACCAUUUAAAACUACCCAGAAACUAUUUUAAACUACCCAGAAACUAUUUUAUACUACCAAGAAACCAUUCAAAACUACCCAGAAACUAUUUAAACUACCCAGAAACCAUUUAAAACUACCCAAAAACGACCUGAUAUCCACUCCGAAGCGGAUAUCAGGUCGCAUAUGGUUGUAAUUGGCCCCUUUAUGUUUGGCUGGCCAUUCCCAACAAAAACCCCACUGGUCGAUGAAGGCCGCCAUUAUCGUGUGAAGUUGCAAGAUUGUACAUUACGUCAAUUAGCAACCUCUUGCGCAGCAAGGUGCGUCAUUGGUGCAAGUCUCCAACUGUCGGCGACUUCAUGAUGUCGUUGUUGGACUUGACAUGGUAUGAUGUCAUAUUCUCAAAAAAGGCUGUUGUAUUUUUUGGCACCAAGAUGGUUGUCCCUUGUUUGAUUCAUUUCGCUGGUGAUUCACAUGUGACUGUAUAAGGAACGCCUCCGGUCUAUAGGCAGGAGCAGACAGGCUAAUUUGGCCAUCUUCAAGUGACUAGUAUCACAUUAAGGGCCCUUGGUCAUGUCAGACUCGGCACUAAAUAUAUUCCUCAUACAAGCGUAAAUCAUUGCGACGUACUGUGAGAUAUGAGUGACCCCUAUUGGCGACUUUGUGUAACUUUAUCUUGCCUGCCUAGCUGCUGUCUAUAUUGUCCCUUUAAGAGAUACCGUAGGCUUAGACUAGCAUUACCAGAGGAGCACGUUUUAACAAUGAAAUAGAAUGAACCUCGUCUUUGAGGUUUGCAUCUGCAGAAGAUGAAUGAUAUGGUGCUAUUCUAAUGCAGAAAGUAAUCAAUAUGUUACAUAGUGGGGCGGGUGGGAAGCAUCCUCUGACAGGCUGGACGUUGGUUUCCUGAAGCCAAAGCUCUAGUGGUUGUGGAGAAUAUAUUUGGUACCAUAAUGCUAAAAAGUUGAUAUUUUCUUCAUGCGUGAUCACUCUGAGCAUUGUAUGUGUUGGAGUUGAAAAAAAUGAUAUCAUUAUCUCUUACAGGUAUCAUCAUCCAAGAAUAUGCAUGAGGAUGGUGUGGGGGGUUAAAUGUACAUACAUUAGACGUUGUUAAGACUUCCUAAAGAUCAUAUUUUCUCUCGGCAAAUAAUUUCAGCGAAAAAUACUAUUUAUUGUCGGGCACCUGUAAAGUCACGAUUGCGUCACUCGCCAGAUUUAUGACGUCAUUCGCAGCAUGCCAUGAAAAUGGCUUCUCGGGAGGACCCAUGAAAUUAUGGGAUGAUUUUUAGAGAGCGCGGACAAGUAUCUAUCUUGGAGAAAUCUCAUCCAAAAUCAGGCAGCUACAUUAAGGUUUCCUUAAUUUGUGACCCGCUCUACCAAAACUAGGCGCUUGUCGCAUCUGAACUUGACAGGUUGAUACGGACUUGUUGUUCAUUUCCCUAUUGUAGACCUUUUGUGAAAUGUGACCAAAUCAGUUUGUAACAGAUUUCACAAAAGGUCUACUAUACAAUAGGGAAAUGAACAACAAGUCCGUAUCAACCUGUCAAGUUCAAAUGCGACAAGCGCCUAGUUUUGGUAGAGCGAGUCACAUUUAUUAAUGCCGUGAAUAAAUACCAUAAAAGUUGCAUUUGUUUUCGUUGGGCGAAGCCUUAUAUCAAAUGAACAGACCCCCCUAAAACGGUUGCUGCCGUACAUUUUCAAUAUUGCCGCCGCGUGAUCGGCCGCAACUGUCACAGCCAGGAUAUAGCUGCUAAUAGUGAUGCAUCAGUUUUUGUCCGGGUAAGAUGAUAAACGUGCUUGAUAUGCCGCGUUUGGCAAAAUGUGGUGAAUGAAUAGACCCUCCCUCCCCCUCUAAAAUGAACCUAAAACUGAUCACGUUCGUCACGAAAGCAAUUGUAAUUUCAAACAAUGAUAACUGCGUCGCGGUACCACCAAUCAGGACGUGCUUGCUUAGCGUGACGCUUAAUUGUUAGGUCUUUGUAUAUAAUCUAAAAUCUCGGAUACCACGAACGAGGCUCCGCCCCCAAUCAUUACAAUGGUUUGAAUGGGGAUGGGCCAAUAGUCAGGUAUUAUUCUUUUAUCAAUGUCAUGGGCCAGUGGAGUCGCAUGUGUUAUAAUCUUGCUCUGAUCUUGGCUGACAUUGACAGUGAAAUGAAAUCAACAUCACUGGUUAUAGUAGGCCCAUUUCUUCUAAUAAAAGAGACCCUAUUGUGUCGUUUCUUUAGAAUUGACAUUGUGGUUUUAGAAUCCCUCCUCCAUUGUAAUGAAUGGGGGCAGAGCCUCAUUCCUUGUACUCGAGGUUUUAGAGUAUCUUAAUUAAACGAUAUAUUGGUUUCUUGUAUGGUAAAGAUGAGCCUUAGACUAAGGCAACAUGAAUGGUCCCAAUAUUUAGGAAAUCGCUUCGUCAUGACGGUGUCCGACGUCGUGACGGUGUCUGACGGCAUCAAUCUGGCGAGUGACGCUAUGGUGACGUCACAAAAGGCCUACAUUGCAUGUAAUAAGCGCCUAAGCAGGCUAAAUAACAUCGACACAGUAUUUUUGCUAAAAUUCCAAAUGAGACGCAUCUUGUUAUGUUCUAAUCUGUGGCAUCAUUGAGUCUCACUCUCAGGCCUAUGCUGGGCUUCGGUUUUCGGGCAGAUAAAAGAGCUUUUCUGUCAACAACUUGACCAUGAAAACCCACCUUUAGUAUAGAAACUGACCAGAGGAUCUACAGAUACAUGUGAAGGUGGCAUUACGUAAUAACAGGGUGCUUGGAUGUUGCAGUACGAUGAAGGCCAUUAUUAGUUUUUGCACGAUCCCAUAUGGGCGCAGAGCAUGAUGAGAAGCUCAAAUUGCGUUUGCUAGUUCUCUGAUUUACUGAGAGGUGGCGCUGUAUCCGCUAGAUUGUGGCCGGCUAUACUAGCAAUAGACAGCAUCACUGGUGAACGAACUAAUUGUAGUUGUGGAGUGGAAUCUGCCUUGAUAAGCGAUGUACACGCUAUUGUAUCAAUGCAAAUAAAAUCUGCAUCAUUUAUUAUUACAA